AAAAAAGGGCGCAACGUUUAAGGAUUAUUCUGGUUGUUCUAGUUGCAUAUUUUUCUGACAUGAUACCAAGGUAAUAUUAUUUUCCCUGUGCCCUGUUAAGAAAUAACAUACGUCAUCUUUUAUUUGAGAUCCGCUGCACAGAAUAAUAGUAAUAAACAAUCAUAAUAAUACCGAGGAGAUAUGUCUGUGCAAGCACCGCUGAAUGGGUCUUGUUCCUGCGGGAAAAUAACCUACCGAAUCAAUCUUUCCGCGCACGACGUGCUGCCCAAGAUCGUCCUGUGCCACUGCUACGCGUGCAAAACCAACACAGGCUCCUCCUUCUCCACCAAUAUCAUUGUCUCGGGCCUGGAAUUCUUAAAGGACCUACCAAAAGUAUACCUCGAUCCCGCGGACGGCGGUCGACAUUGUCGCCGGCAGUUCUGCGGUGACUGUGGUACACCGCUGACCAGUCAGUCGCAGGAAGGAGGACCGGUUUUUGCAGUCAAAUGGGGAACGCUGGACAAGAACAGCCGCGACAGGAUUGACACGGUCGAGUUGGAGAUUUAUGUGAAAAGGAGAGAUCUGUGGUUGAAACAGAUUGAGGGAGAUGAUAAGGGGGUUGUUAGGAUGGAAGAGGGUAUGUCUUAGUGCAUUGGAUUUAUUGGCUAUCAGACCAGCAGAAUGUCAUUGUGAAAGCCUUUCAAUCUAACUACAAUUGUGGUUUCCUGUAUCUUGCUAUAUAAUAAUUAUUAUUAUAGAACGCUUGAAUAGCUUCAUCUAGAGACCUUUAAAUGCC